CUAGAAGGGUGCUUCUAGAAGAGCGCAGUUUCGGCGCGGGUGCAGGAUCUGCGCCUUCAUCAGGAGAUGCUUUAACACUCCCUGUCCUUGACAUCUGAUUUACCGGAACGCUUCCUGUUUUGCACAGAGGUCUGGGAAGGAAGACUUGGAGCAGGGGACACAGCAGCUGCUGCAGCCUUCUGUUCCCAGCUCACAAAGAUGCCUGAGGAAGUGCACCAUGGAGAGGAGGAGGUGGAGACUUUUGCCUUCCAGGCAGAAAUUGCCCAACUGAUGUCUCUCAUCAUUAAUACCUUUUAUUCCAACAAGGAAAUAUUUCUUCGGGAAUUGAUCAGUAAUGCUUCUGAUGCCUUGGACAAGAUUCGCUAUGAGAGCCUGACAGACCCUUCCAAGCUGGACAGUGGUAAAGAGUUGAAAAUUGACAUCAUCCCAAAUCCCCAGGAACGUACCCUGACUCUGGUGGACACAGGCAUUGGUAUGACCAAAGCCGAUCUUAUAAACAACUUGGGAACCAUUGCCAAGUCUGGCACUAAAGCAUUUAUGGAAGCUCUUCAGGCUGGUGCGGACAUCUCCAUGAUUGGGCAGUUUGGUGUUGGCUUUUAUUCUGCUUACCUAGUAGCAGAGAAAGUGGUUGUCAUUACAAAGCAUAAUGAUGAUGAGCAGUAUGCCUGGGAGUCUUCUGCUGGAGGCUCCUUCACUGUCCGUGCUGACCAUGGUGAGCCUAUUGGCCGGGGUACCAAAGUGAUCCUCCAUCUUAAAGAAGAUCAGACAGAGUACUUAGAGGAAAGGAGAGUGAAAGAAGUAGUGAAGAAGCACUCACAGUUCAUUGGUUAUCCUAUCACCCUCUAUUUGGAGAAAGAGAGAGAGAAAGAAAUCAGUGAUGAUGAGGCAGAAGAGGAGAAAGGUGAAAAAGAGGAGGACGAUAAAGAUGAUGAGGAGAAGCCCAAGAUUGAGGAUGUUGGCUCAGAUGAGGAGGAUGAUAGCGGUAAGGACAAGAAAAAGAAAACCAAGAAGAUUAAGGAGAAAUACAUUGAUCAGGAGGAGCUAAAUAAGACAAAGCCUAUUUGGACCAGAAACCCCGAUGAUAUCACCCAGGAGGAAUAUGGAGAGUUUUAUAAGAGUCUGACCAAUGACUGGGAAGACCACUUGGCCGUCAAGCACUUCUCUGUAGAAGGUCAGUUGGAAUUCAGGGCAUUGCUCUUCAUCCCCCGCCGGGCUCCAUUUGACCUCUUCGAGAACAAGAAGAAGAAGAACAACAUCAAACUCUAUGUCCGCCGUGUGUUCAUCAUGGAUAGCUGUGAUGAGCUGAUACCAGAAUAUCUGAACUUUAUCCGUGGUGUGGUUGACUCUGAGGAUCUGCCCCUGAAUAUUUCUCGAGAAAUGCUCCAGCAGAGUAAAAUCUUGAAGGUCAUACGCAAAAACAUUGUUAAGAAGUGUCUUGAGCUCUUCUCUGAACUGGCAGAAGACAAGGAGAACUACAAGAAAUUCUACGAAGCAUUCUCUAAGAACCUAAAGCUUGGAAUCCAUGAGGACUCCACUAACCGGCGACGCCUUUCUGAGCUGCUGCGCUAUCACACUUCUCAGUCUGGGGAUGAGAUGACUUCUCUCUCAGAGUAUGUCUCUCGCAUGAAGGAGACUCAGAAAUCCAUUUAUUACAUCACUGGCGAGAGCAAAGAACAGGUUGCCAACUCUGCUUUUGUGGAGCGAGUGCGAAAGCGGGGCUUUGAGGUAGUGUACAUGACCGAGCCCAUUGAUGAAUACUGCGUGCAGCAGCUUAAGGAGUUUGAUGGGAAGACCCUGGUCUCAGUUACAAAGGAAGGCCUGGAGCUGCCUGAGGACGAAGAGGAGAAAAAGAAAAUGGAGGAGAGCAAGGCAAAGUUUGAGAACCUCUGCAAACUUAUGAAGGAAAUCUUGGAUAAGAAGGUUGAGAAGGUCACAAUAUCCAAUAGGCUUGUGUCUUCACCCUGCUGCAUUGUGACUAGCACCUAUGGCUGGACAGCCAACAUGGAGCGGAUCAUGAAAGCCCAGGCCCUUCGGGACAACUCUACAAUGGGCUACAUGAUGGCCAAGAAGCACCUGGAGAUCAAUCCUGACCACCCCAUUGUGGAGACACUGCGACAGAAGGCAGAGGCAGACAAGAAUGACAAGGCUGUCAAGGACCUUGUGGUCCUGUUGUUCGAAACUGCCCUGCUAUCCUCUGGCUUCUCACUUGAGGACCCCCAGACCCACUCCAACCGUAUCUACCGCAUGAUCAAGCUAGGCCUGGGCAUUGAUGAAGACGAAGUGACAGCUGAGGAGCCCAGUGCUGCUGUUCCUGAUGAGAUACCCCCUCUUGAGGGCGAUGAGGAUGCAUCUCGCAUGGAAGAAGUAGACUAGAAGUUUCUACCUGCAGACUUGCUCUCUGUAUAGUAUCCUAAUCCCUUCUCCCAGCAGUCCUCUGAGUGGCGUUAUCCACCUGGCUCUAGUGGUCUUUUUUUUUUUUUUGUCCCAUUCCUGUCUUUUCUAUCUUAAAGGCAGGAUAGGGGUAGGGUUUCAAGCCACCCCCUUCAAAUUUGACUACAGGUUUGGAUGUUGUGUAUUGUGUUUAUUUUGUUCUGAAAUUAAAGUAUGCAAAAUAAAGAUGAUGUGUUUUCUACA